AUAUAAGCACCUGAGUCUGCAGGGUCAAGGUCUCUGCUCUAGACUUGGGGGGUUGUGUCGCUAACUCUGGGACAGAGUCGCGCUGCAGAGGAGAAACACUGGUGGUGAAUCCUCCGCGAUCCCUUACACAGUUUUUCUGGAGUUCCACCAAGACAUCAUCUACACUCCUUGUUGUCAAUCCCAGGCUUCCACCAGGUAUGGUACCUACACAGGUCUCUUGUAUCUUGCUACAAGUGGCUUGUUGAGUCUGCACUGAUGUGGAGAACAUUUCAGGGUUGUCAUUCAAGGGCUGAGAAGAUGAGUCUCCAGAUUGAUUUGGAAACAAACUUUGCUGAGUUUGUUAUAGAUGCAGGAAAAGUCAUCCUUGGGACUAGGCAAAGAAUGGAAAUGAACCCUCUACUACGGAAAAAACAGAAUGAAGACAUCUUGCAAGCAGUAUGUGCUCUGCUGAAUUCCGGAGGGGGAGUGAUCAAGGCUAAGAUUGAGAAUGAAGACUACAAUCACGAGGAUGAUGGAGUGGGGUUGGACCUGCCACCGAUUUUUCAAAGCUAUUUAGAUGAGAUGCAACAGGGAAACCUCUUUUUAAUAUUUGUGAAAUCAUGGAACACAGAAGUUUCAGAUGUACGAGUUGCCACCUUGUGCUUUAAUUUGUGCUACAGAUACGAAACAUCUACUGAUGUCAUGGAUCCUCAGGAAGCACUGGUAUUCCUCAAAGAGAAAACUCAGCCUCUCGUGACUAUUUUUGAUUCCAAUUUGUUAAGUCCACAGGAAUCUCAGGUUGGUGUACACUCUGAAGACAACAUAGAGGACUCGGCUGCUGCUUUGUUUGAUAGAGUGCAGCUGCAGUACCUGGAAAAACUCAACUUGACAGAGUCCAUGCAUGUCGAAUUUCAAAUGUUCCCAGCUGAUCUGUCCCAGUGUGUUAAGGAGAGACUCCCCAUAUGUGUUUCUGCAUUUGCCAAUGCUGAAGGAGGCUAUGUAUUUUUGGGUGUGCAUGAUGAGACCCAUCAAGUCAUUGGAUGUGAAAAAGAGAAAAUAAAUCUCUCCAUCUUCAAGAAUUCUGUGGAAGGCUGCAUUAGGAAGUUACCUGUCCAUCAUUUCUGCACACAGAGGCAUACAACGCAAUAUGCCAUCAGGUUCCUUGAAGUCCAUGAUAAGGGGGCCCUCCGUGGAUAUGUCUGUGCUGUCAAGGUGGAGCGAUUCUGCUGUGUGGUGUUUGCCAAAGGCCCUAGUUCCUGGCAGGUGAAAGACAACACUGUGAAACAGCUGACCACAAAGGAAUGGGUAGAGUGGAUGAUGCAAGUCAACCCAGAUCUUUCCAGGUUGCCUGAGAUGCGCCUUGAGUUGAGUUUGUCACCCUCCAUACCCCACAGCAGGACUGUGUACACGCAUAAGAAUUUGGAACGUCUGAAAGAACUGCAGAAACGUUACUUUCCAGUGUUAUCAGACAGACUGGUGUAUACUCCAGAAAGCAUCUACAAGGAACUCUUCUCACAACAUAAAGGACUCAGAGACCUAAUCAAUAGAGAAAUGCGCCCUGUCUCUCAAGGGAUCUUGAUUUUUUCUCAAAGCUGGGCUGUGGAUUUGGGUCUGAAAGCGAAUCAGAAUGUCGUCUGUGAUGCCCUUCUGAUUUCCCAGAACAACACCCCCAUCCUUUACACCGUCUUCAGGAGGUGGGAUGUGUGGUGCAGGGGCUAUUCUGUGAAGCUUGCCCAUUCCUUGAAGCAGAGGCUGGUGGACACAGGGGGCUACACUGGCAGAGUGGGCAUCGUUCCCUUGUUCUUCCUGCUGAAUCCUGCUGGAACGUCAGUGAGCCAUCAGAAUUCAGAAGCACAAUUUUACCCUGAAUCCUACAAUGUUACCACCAUCCAGUACGUAGAAUCUCUGUUACAGUCCCUUGUGAUCGUCCUGCUUGGCUUCAAAUCCUUUUUAAGUGAAGAGCUGGGCUCUGAGAUUUGGAACCUGCUCACGGAUCAACAGUAUGAGUUGCUUUCAAAGAACCUUCACAAGACCAGAGAGCUGUUUGUUCACGGCUUACCUGGGUCAGGGAAGACCAUCGUGGCUCUGAAGAUCAUGCAGAAGAUCAGGAAUGUGUUUGAUUGUCAACCAGGUGACAUUCUCUACAUCUGUGAGAACCACCCCCUGAAGAAAUUUGUGAGCAAUAAAAACAUGUGCAAGGCAGUGACCCGGAAAACCUUCAUGAAACAUGACUUUGAAGAGAUUCAACACAUCAUCGUGGAUGAAGCUCAGAAUUUCCGCACCGAAGAUGGGGACUGGUAUAGGAAGGUCAAAACCAUCACUCAGAGAAGAGAGGGUGGUCCAGGAAUUCUCUGGAUUUUUCUAGACUACUUUCAGACCAACCACUUGAGUUGCAGUGGCCUCCCUGCUCUCUCAGACCAGUUUCCAAGAGCAGAGCUCACCAGCGUGGUCCGCCAUGCAGAUGAAAUAGCCCAAUACCUACAAGCAGUGAUGCACGAGGUCAGAGAAAAUCCUCCACCUAAUGUCCCCGCUGAGUCCCUGGUGAUGCUCCACGAACCUACCUGGGCUCAGGGUGUUCCAGGCAAUGUAGAAACUGUUGAGUACUUGGGCUUGGAGGAGACAGUGGUCUACGUGGCAGAGAAGUGCCAGCUUCUCUGGAGGAAUGGUUACUUUCCCAGGGAUGUUGCUCUGCUUUUCGCCAAAGCAACCGAAGUAGAAAAAAAUAAAGAUAAAUUUCUAAUGGCAAUGAGGAAGAGAAAGAUGUCUCAGCUCAACGGGGAAGUGGAUCCAUUCGUCCAGAUCAGGGAUGCAUUGGGUGUUCUGAGUGAUGACUUUGUGUUGGACAGCGUCCAUCGAUUUUCAGGCCUCGAAAGAAACAUCGUGUUUGGGAUCAUUCCACAGGCUACUGAGCCAGCCAUUUUCAACAAUCUUCUGUUCUGUCUGGCUUCCAGGGCGAGGAAGCAUUUGUAUGUUCUAAGGGUUUUUAACUGACAGGAAGAUGUCAGUCUUCAGUUAGUAGAUCUCACGUCUAGUUGACCGUGAAACUACUUGAUCUGAGCAUGGAAGCAUCAGACAUUUAAGAAGCUCUUGCUCAUUCAGGCAUGUGUCCUUGUAGGUAUUGGAGGCUGGGGGUAGUGUGGCAAAUAAGACCCAUAAAAUUCUUCCUUGGGGCAGACAGUAAACAAAUACAGGUACAAGGAAUUUCAGACAGAAAUACGGGAUAUCAGAGAGAGGACCCUGAGACCCAGAGAUUGUGCAUUUGU